CUAUGAAUAGAAAACCUCAAUUAACAGGAAAUCCUUCCCUCCCGCCAUAGCCACGCUGUGUGCAUCUUCUACCUGGUUCUCCGAGCCCUGGACACCGUGGAGGAUGAUAUGACCAUCAGUUUAGAAACCAAGAUCCCCAUGUUGCACAAUUUCCACUCCUACCUGUAUCAGCCGGCCUGGAGAUACACGGAGAGCCAGGAGAAGUACAAGCAAGUGCUUGAGGACUUCCCAACGAUCUCUCUGGAGUUCAGGAACCUGGCAAAGGUGUAUCGGGAUGUGAUUGUAGACGUUUGUCAGAAGAUGGGAGCUGGGAUGGCAGAGUUCUUGCAAAAGAAGGUGGAUUCCUUGCAAGAUUGGGAUAAGUAUUGUCACUAUGUCGUCGGGCUGGCGAGUAUUGGCCUGUCCCAUCUGUUCUGUGUGCUGGAGUUAGAAGACCCCGUCAUAGGAGAGAACACCGAGCUUGCAAAUUCCAUGGGUAUCUUCAUUGAGAAAACCAUCAUCAUCCGUGAUUAUCUGGAGGACCAGCUGGCCGGAAGAGAGUUCUGGCCCAGAGAGGUCUGGAGCCGGUACGCCAAGAAGCUCUCGGAUCUCGCCAGGCCGGAGAACACAGACAUGGCCGUCCAGUGCCUGAACGAACUGAUCACAAACGCUCUGCACCACGUCCCCGAUGUCCUCACCUACUUAUCGAGGCUGAAGAACCAAAGCGUCUUCAACUUCUGCGCUAUUCCGCAGGUGAUGGCCGUGGCCACGCUGGCUGCCUGUUACAACAACAAGCAGGUGUUCAGGGGGGUGGUGAAGAUUCGGAAAGGACAAGCGGUCACGUUAAUGAUGAAUGCCACAAACAUCAAGGCGGUCAAGGGCAUAAUGUACCAGUAUGUGCAAGAGAUCUAUCGGAAGGUCCCCAGCUCUGACCCGUCUGCCAACAAGACCCAGCAAAUCAUCGUGUCCAUCCGGACAAUGUGUUUGCCCAAUGGCACGGCGGUAUCCCGUAAUCAUUACUUCCCCAUCUGCCUCUCGUGCGCCAUGCUCCUGGCAGGGCUGAGCUGGCAGUACCUGCGGGCCGUGUAAGACGUGUUGGAGGAGGACGUCCAGGCCAGCAAGAACUGAGGGUUGGUUGGGAGAGGGAAGGCAGUGGGUGGGUUACAGCGGGAACGGAUUCGUGUUUCUUCCCUAUUGGGUCUGCAGCCCUGCGGAGUUCCAGACCGGUGUGGGGCCUUGCAGCUGGGGACAGAAGGCAAACCGAAGGUGCCGCUUGCCUUGCAGCUGUUGGGUGUGUCAUCACAGCUAGUUCGUAGCCGGCCGCCUGACUUGGGCACGUUGGUUUCGGAUGAACAGGCUCCAGAUGUGACAGUUGGAGUCGCCCCUUUCCUCUUUGUGCGAAACAGCGUCCCCCUGGACUCUAGCUGGCAUGUUUUUCCAAUAGAAAUUCAAACGGUCUCCCUG